AUGAGUCUUGAUGAAUACGAUAUUAUUGAAGUUGAUAACAGAAAAUAUAGAGUAAAAAAAAGUAUUCAACCUCAUCUCAGUAUUUCAAAUGAAAUUUCAGAGAAAAUAAAUUAUGAAAUGAAAGAAUAUUGUGAUGAACCUGAUUGUAUUCAUAUUCCAUCAUUAUCUUCAAAAGAACAAGUAGAAGAAAUAUUCAAAAAAGCAGAAAUUACACCUAGAACAACUGAUUGUACAAUUAAAUUAUUAAUUCCUAAUAAACUUCAUGGACAAAUUAUUGGAAAAGGAGGAAUUAAUAUUACUCCAAUUAAAGAAGAAUGUCAAUGUAAAAUUGCAUUUGCAAGUUCAGACGAUACACCUGAUUUAGUAAGAAUUGAAGGAGUUAAUGAAGAUAAAGUUAGAGAAGCUAUGGAACGAUUAAAAAAUGUAUGUAUAAAUGUUUUUUGUUCUCUUAAGAAUACACAUACUAUUCAAAUUCCAUUUAAAUCAACAGACCUUUUAAAACAAAUAGAAUCAUUUCAAGAACAAUUGAUUAAAAUUGAUGGACUUAAUCCAAAUUAUUUUCAAAAACCUCAAGCAAUGCAUUUAACAUUAACUACAUUAUCUAUUUGUACAGACCAACAAAUUGAAGUUGCAUCUAAAUUAUUAGAAGAUAUGGCACCAAGAAUAUAUUCAAUAUUAAAUAAUAAACCAUUGUUAUUUGAAUUAUGUGGAAUUAGUGCUAUGGGAAAUGAAGAAGCUACAAGAGUUAUUUAUAUUAAAGUAAAAACAAAUGAUGAACAAAUAAAUAAAAUUAUUGAAGAAAUUAAACAAACUUUUAAUAAAUAUUUAAAUAAUCAAAAUCAAAAUGAAGCUAUUCUUCAUAUAACAUUAUUUAAUACAAAUAAAUUAAAAAAUGGAAAAUCUUUUGUUAUUGAUGCAUCUGAUAUAGUUAAAAAAUAUACAGGUAAAUCAUUUGGAAAAUAUAAAGCUGAGUCUUUAGUAUUCUCUUCAAUGAUUAAUAAAAUAAUGGGAACUAAAUAUGCUCUUAUUAAUUCUAUUCCUCUUCCUUAA